AUGCUGCUGCCAACAACCCGCCUGCAGUCCGCCGGCGUGUCGCUGCUGCUAGCCUCGGGGUGCUGGCUUGGCGUCGUGCCGCCUGGGCUUGCCGAUCCUCCAGCAGAGCCAGCCGCCGUCUCUGCGCCGGCGUCCACCCUGAUGACGCUCGAGCAGGUCCGCACCAUCAGCGCGCUGCAGGAGAUGGGGUCGCUGCCGAGCGAAGAGAAGACGGCUCUGCGGCGCGUGUCGCUCGAGAACUCCCAGCUGAAGGACAAGGGCGCGCUCAAGGUGCUCAAGAGCGGGCAGGAGUACGCGGCCCGUGGCGCCGACCCCGAGACGCAGACGCUCGACGUGGAGGUGCUCCGGAAGGCCGAGGAGCGGUUCAACCUGCUCGUCGAGGACCUGGCGCCCUCCUUUUCCGGCGGGUACGCCAACCGCGCGAACGUCCGCGUCGCGCUCAAGGACUAUGCGGGCGCCGUCGAGGACUACGAGAUGGCGCUGCGGCUCUCGCCACUCUCGGACGAUGCGUGGGUCAAUUGGCUCAACCGCGGGUCGACGCUGAUCGCCCUCGGCCAGCCCGAGCGCGCGCUGCCCGACCUGCAGCGCUCCGUCGAGCUGAGCAAGGCGGCGGCGGAGAAGCUCUCGCUGCUCGGGCGCGGAUCGGCGCUGCACGCGCUCGGCCGGUGGGAGGCGGCCGCGGCCGACUACGGCGCCGUGGUCAGUAAGGCGCCCAGCGACGUGCAGCCCUUUUGGCUGCGGUACGGGCUCGAGCUGCUCCAGGUGGGCCGGACGCAGGACGCGCUCGGCAUCGUGCGGCGCGUCGCGGCAAAGUUCGACAUCGAGCCAGAGUGCCAGCUCGCCCUCUAUGCCGCGACGAACGCCGCGGGCGGCGAGCGCGGCACUGCCGAGGCGCAGCGGCUGUGGAGUGUCGCGCCCGGCGAGGUGAAGCAGCGGGUGGCCGAGCUCGACUUGGCCCAGCGCCAGUGGCCUCCCGCCGCGGCCGACGCCGCGAGGACCUUCCUGCGUUCCGUGGCCAGCGCGUGGUCGUCUGGCGAGUGA